AAAGUUGGAGAAAAGCUGCGGUGAUAAAAUGGAGAGAGGAGCUGAGAGUGGGCUGAGGAGCCUGGCGGCGCUGGAGACCUCCACAAUCCUGCCCUUUUACUCCCUGCGUCGAGUGCAGCACAAACAGCGAUAAGGUAGACUGCAUUCACCUCUUACCUAAGGAGAAGAUCGUUCUUAUGUAGAACGUGAUUGUGAUCCUUUAUCAUCCCUGACUGUUGUGGUGUCGAAAGCUUUUGUCAGUGCCUUUGGCUGGAACGGGUUAUGAGGAUGUGCCGCCCGUAUCGGGUGCGAAGGAUCCUGACGUGAUGGGGUGCAGGACGAGCAAGGUCCUCCCAGAACCACCAGCAGACGUGCAGCUAGAUCUAGUCAAGAAGGUCGAUUCUCAGCAAACUGAUGUUUAUAAGAACUUUAUUCGUGUGGAUGACACUGACAAAAAAAACGGCUCUCCCUCCCCUCAGGGUCAAAGCCAAGCUACAGGUGCUUCCACUAAUCCCCUUAUGGCAGGAAAAGGCCAGCUGGAGCCCUCUGAACCACGGCGAAACAAAGUGGCCAAGUACCGGGCCAAGUUUGACCCUCGGGUGACGGCUAAGUAUGAGAUUAAGGCGCUUAUUGGUCGCGGCAGCUUCAGCCGGGUGGUGCGGGUCGAGCACAAGGGUACACGGCAGCCAUAUGCCAUCAAGAUGAUUGAGACUCGAUGGCGUGAAGGUCGCGAGGUGUGCGAGUCGGAGCUGCGGGUCUUGCGGCGUGUGCGCCAUACGAAUAUUAUCCAGCUGAUGGAGGUUUUUGAGACGGCCGAGCGUGUGUACAUGGUGAUGGAGCUGGCCACAGGAGGUGAGCUCUUUGACCGCAUCAUCGCACGUGGUUCCUUCACUGAACGAGAUGCCACACGUGUUCUCCGCAUGGUACUGGAUGGGGUGCGCUACCUGCACAUGCUGGGCAUCACUCACCGUGACCUCAAGCCUGAGAACCUGCUCUACUACCACCCUGGUGCGGACUCCAAGAUCAUGAUCACAGACUUUGGUCUAGCGAGUACACGCAAAAAGGGGGAUGAAUGCCUUAUGAAAACCACUUGUGGCACACCUGAAUACAUCGCACCUGAAAUCCUAGUACGCAAGCCCUACACCAAUGCUGUGGACAUGUGGGCGCUGGGGGUUAUCUCCUACAUCCUGCUCAGUGGUACCAUGCCCUUUGAGGAUGACAACCGCAUGCGCCUUUAUCGGCAGAUCCUGAAGGGGAAGUACAGCUUCUCUGGGGAGGUUGGCAUAGGAAACCCGUGGCCGAGUGUGUCCAACUUGGCGAAGGACUUCAUUGACCGCGUGCUUACUGUGGACCCGGGCGAGAGGUUGACCGCUGGCCAGGCGCUCAAGCACCCUUGGAUUGUUAGCAUGGCUGCUUCAUCUUCAAUGAAGAACCUACAGCGCUGCAUCUCUCAGAACCUGCUCAAGAGGGCGUCGUCGCGCUGCCAAAGCACAAAGUCGGCACAGUCGACGCGCUCCAGCCGCUCGAGCAAGUCAGGCCGAGCACGGCGUGUCCGAGAGAAGGAGCUGAGAGAGCUGAACCGCCGCUACCAGCAGCAAUACAACGGCUGAGGAAAACAACCCGCGGUCACACUGCACACGCUGGUACCGACACUCUGGGACCUACUAGACAUGUGCCGAUGAACUUUUCUAUGAUCUUUUACAAACCUAUUUCAGGGUUCUGUCACUGUUCCUGAAUUCUAUUCAGAAGGCAGCCUGAGAUUUAAAGGCCUCUUCACAUGAAGGUGAUCCCAUAAUCCUGUUCACCAAAUAUGGAAUUAAUAAUAAUCUGGUUUUCUGUGACUCCAUAAUCCUUUUUUUAGUCCUUUUUCAACUAUCCUUAUACCUUGUAAGAAAUUAUAUCAUGAGGGAAAAACUAAGCGAUUACCUCGAUAUAAAUCGGCACAUGCCUAGGACCCACAUGCUGUGAGCAGAGGAGGUGACGUGUACUUUUAAGUCUGAUGCAAGAACUCUGAGACGUCACCAUUGCUAACCACAGAGCCAAUUAGCAAAGUAUAUCUCACUCAUUCUCCAGUCCAUUUCUGUGCUGGUGUUUUUUUUUCUUAAUUUUCAUGUUAUUUUGUGUGUCAUUUCCCCCUUAUUUAUUUAUUGUUAAUGUUUUUUUUCCUUUCAUUGUUAUUGUCUGAUUACGCCUUUUACCUGAUUGUAUUAUCUGUUGAACAGAAUUCGACAUAAGGAAGUUGCAGGAAGGACUACUAAAUCUGUGUUCGCUGUUUUCAGACCUUCCUGAUUUUUGCUGUGAAUUUUUUUUUUAGGCGUUAUAGUUAUUCUCUGUGAGGUGAAAUCGAUGCUGUUAAAGGUUUCCCAUUGAUCAAAGUUUAUUGCACCAAAAUUAAUUGAAAAACGUGAAGGUUCAGCGUUGCCAAUUCUUUCUCGAAGAAACCACUUAGACAAAGUUAUUUUAUAUGGUAAUUAUUUACAAUGAGUUCUCUAUUGAUACUCCUUCAACAGUCAUGUAAUCCCCAUCACUAAGCAAUUAGAUUUACAGUAUGUAACAUCAAGUGACAGGAUGUUUUUAUCUUUACAUGAAAUGAACACUCCAAGCUUUCGAGCUAAUAUGUCAUAGAAUUGUUUUGUAUGUUUUGUAUGUUAUAUUACUGUGAACAAAUCAUUCAGCCCAUUACACCAGCUCACAUAUGGGAUUUUGAGUACUUUGGAUUUGUUACAAGGUGAAUGUGCAUAUUUUGUUACAAGGAUCAGUUUGGUAUCCUGUCUUAAAUUUUGCCACACUUGGGAAACGUUCCUCUGAUAUUUAUUAGUAUCCAUUACUGCCGUAUUCAUUUAGAAAAUGAAAGAUGUUUGUUUCUGCUCCCCAUUUGAAGAAAUCUACAUUUGAAGCAAUUAGAGCAUCAUAGCUUUCAACCUAUUGAAAAAUAAUGACCAUAUUGUUCGCAUACUUAUCUGCUAGACCUUUCUCAUUCAAACCUGAAACUUGUUUAUUAAUUGACACAAAAAUUUGGGGGUGGGAGGGACAUGAAAUUCUACUUCUUUUUUUUGUUGUUGGGAAAACCACUGUUUUAUAAUUUUGUUUUAACUGAAUAGAAAGUUGUUUUUAAGGAAGGAAAUAUAAUUGAACCCACAUGAGUUUAUUAAUCAAAUUUAUAGUUUGCCAAAUUGUCAAAAGGAAAUGCACCAAAAAACCAAAAGGAAAAGGAGUAGCAAGUUCCUGAAUUUCUCAAGAUGUACAAUAUGUGGAGCUCAGUUUUUUGUGUAAACUUAGUUUGAUAAAUGUUUGUUUUCCUCCUUUGGUGAAUCUGAUACAACACUGCCUCUUGAAGGAAUAGUGUAAAUAUCUAUUGUAUUUGAUGUUUAUGCUUAAAUGAAGAUUAAUGUUUGAUCAUGUACUAUACCCCCCCAAUCAAAUGUCUGAAUGAAAGAGUUCCAUAUAAAACGUUUUACAUGAUU